AUGAGCCAAACCUCUAUUCUUGAGAGACUUUCGGCUCUCGAUACCAACACCGUGUCCGAUGCCCUUGAUUUCCUCAACCUCGAAGGUGCCACAUACGGACUCCGGCCACUCUGGGCCUGCCCAGAAAUCGUCGGGCGCGCCAGCACAGUUCAACUUGGCCCUAAGACCGAUGCUGCUCCAACCGCUCAUUUGAUUACCCCGGUGAUCAGCGCUGUCACAAGUGCUGACCGCAUUUUGGUCAUCGCCGGCGGUUUGGAGGGUAUUUCAUGCUGGGGUGAUAUCAUCGCCAACGCCUCCAAAGUGAAAGGUAUCCGGGGGACUAUUAUUGAUGGAAUGAGUCGUGAUAUCGACGGUAGCCAUGACGUUGGAUAUCCCGUUUACGGUCGGGGAGUCACCAUGAUCAGUGCGCGGAAUCGAAUGGUGCAAGUUGGUUCUGGCACACCCAUCCAGGUGCGCGGCGUGACGGUCAAGCAAGACGACUAUGUAAUCGCCGAUAACUGCGGGACAGUUUUUAUCCCCGCUAAUCGCAUUGAAGAGGUUGUGGAAUUGGGUGAGCGCAUCGAUCGACGUCAGAAACUUAUGGUUCAAGAGGUUCGGGCUGGCAAGCCCGUGUCCGAGGUUAUGCAUGACACGAAAUUCGACGCCAUCAAUAAGGACCAGUCUACACAGCGAGCGACCGGAUCCGAAGGGGCACCUACUAUCAAAGAAAAACCGAGAAGAGCUAGUCCCGAAGACGAAGAAUUGGUAGCCCUCUUCGCAGAAUCAGAUACACCCGGAGUCUCUGAUGCACUGGAUAAACUCGGCAUCCCCGGACAAGCAUUCAACAUCAUGCCCUUGACCGACUAUAAAACUGUCACCGUUGGACCCGCUUUCACUGUUCGCUAUGUGCCCGCCAGCAACCCACCUGGAAGUGUGGGCGAUUUCAUCGACGACGUUGCCGUGGGUGACGUUGUUGUCAUCGAUAACGGCGGUCGGACGGAUUGCACCGUUUGGGGCGAUAUUAUGACCCAAUACGCCGGUCUGCGGGAUAUUGCUGGAACCGUUAUCGACGGUGUCUGUCGGGAUGUCAACCGCGCUAUUGAUGACAACUACCCUGUUUUCACUGCCGGUCGUUGGAUGCGAACGGGCAAAGAUCGUGUGCAAGUCGGGGGUGUCAACGAGUCGGUUGGUAUUGGCAAGGUCCGAGUCGAGCCUCGGGAUAUCGUUGUCGCUGAUGCAAACGGCGUGGUGAUUGUGCCGAGGGCUCGCGCUCGUGAGGUAGCUGAGGUUGCGCGACAGAUUGAGAAGACUGAAGCUGGGAUUCGUGAGAUGAUUGCUGGUGGAGCUACGAUCGCAGAAGCCCGGGAGAAGCUUGGCUAUCAUACUCUGCAGCGUAAGGACUAG